CCAAACCUACAACUGUACACAAGUGACGUCAAACAAAGUUAGCUACGCGGAAACUUUUAGAAAACCCGGCAAACAAUCGCCAGUCUAUAUUCAUUUCAGUUAUCAGAACGCAACGGAAGAACACCUUACAAAUCAAUUGCACAGCGACUCCUAGUAUAGUAGUAGGCCUAGCAUAAGGGUUAAUACUUGACAGCAAAACAUUUUCUAUCCUGAAAGAAACUGGUCAUCCCCUCAACUUUCAUCAUGAAUUCAAAAACAAGUUUCUCACACCUCAAUUUAGUAUUAAUUUGCGUUCUUUUGAGCUUGGGCGGAAAUCAUGUCCUCGCCAAGGUGUUCGGGGACCACAUCGCCGCCGGAGGAGAGGGGGCACGUGUUGCCGAGAAAGAGCCCGUACCCGAGUACCUCCAAUCGGUGGUCAGCUGUAAGUUGGGAGAGCCUCAUCGACAGUAUCCGGAGUGCCGGUGUGGAGAACGAGUCGAGAUCGUGCCGGUAGACGAGAUUCCAUUCGAAAGCUUGGGAGACUAUCACCUCAGAGAUAAGCACACUCACAGAGGCACAAUUAGAGAGAUCUUCUACCACUGCCUGUUCUGUAGCCAGUGCCUCGAUGGCGUUCGCAUUCUGUCUAAUUGUUCUAGAAUGAUAGAUACUCAAUGCACAUCAUCUUGUAUUAAAGCAACCGAUAUAUUUGACAAGGGUAGAAAGGCCUGCGUACCAGACCCGCGAUUCGAGGAAGAACCAACGAAACCGACUGAUCAAACAAACUUAUUUAAUGUCGAAGAAGUUCAGGCAGAGGGAGAAAGGACGAAUAGACCAUCGCCGAUGCGCAAUUCAGACAAUCAUACUCCGAAUGGUUCCUCCGGCAAAUCGCUGCUCCUCGCUGACGACAAAUACCUCCUGAUCGUUGGCUGGGCCCUCGUCGCCGCCGUGGUCAUCGUCCUGAUCGUCAACAUUUUCAUCUGCAAGUACUUCUACAAUCAAAGAAAGGACGACCAGGAAAAAAAGGACUUAAUACCGUCGACAUCGAAUGAGUCUGUGAUCGAUGUGGGAAGAUAG